GAGGCGUUCGCGCUAGGUGGUAUCACUUACGUCGGGGAUUUCCUUCAGAUUGUGAGGCUUCUUGAUCUCGGUGGAUAUGUAGAAAAAGGUAAGAAACUCGGUUCGAAGUUAGACAAGUUUCUACAGAAGCUGGUCGACGAACGCUGGAGAAACAGGGGAAAAACAGAGGCAGAGAACUCGAUGAUCACUCAUUUGCUAUGUCUUCAAGAAUCAGAACCUGAGUAUUACACCGACGAGAUCAUCAAAAGACUCGUACUGGUGAUGUUGCUGGCUGAAACAGACACGAGGGCGGUUACAUUGGAGUGGGCUAUGUCUAUCCUUCUGAAUCACCCGGAGGUUUUAAAGAAAGUGAAAACGGAGCUGACCAACGUUGUCACGAGUGAAGGUCGUUUGAUGGAAGAGAGAGAUGUGGACAUGUGUGAAUAUCUCAACAAUGUGAUCGCCGAGACUCUCCGGCUGUAUCCAACAGCACUGUUACUAGUCCCGCACACGUCGUCCGACAACUGUGAAGUUGCUGGAUAUGAUAUUCCACGUGGCAGUUGGCUCGUCAUCGAUGCGUGGGCUAUUCAGAGAGAACCG